UAGUAUUCGAGCGUACGGCCUUCACGAUGUAGUGUGCAGUGUAUCGAAUAGCACACGCUCCUUCCUUUGAUGUUGUGUUCGAGGGCAUCAGAACUAAGGGACGGCAUUCGAUGUACCGUUAAUCUGUCCCGCAAACACCUGUCUUCUAUGAUGGGACACCAAAACUGUCACGCCGAGGUUAUCUUUGAAGAUGGAGUUAGUUGGCUGGCACGUCUUCGUCUCACCAGGACCACCUCGCCACCAGAAGAAGUCCGUGAUUUCAUUUUUCGCUCCGAAGCGGGUACUCUAGCCUAUCUCAAUGACCACACCAGCAUCCCGGUCCCCAGAAUCUUCGACUGGGCUUGUGAGUCCGAUCCGGAAAACCGAAUUGGAGUCAGCUACAUCCUAAUGGAGAAGCUUGAUGGAAUGCCCUUAACCUGGCAAGCGGCAAAUCCGGCACAGAGAGAGAAAGUCAUGCAACAGCUGGUGGACGUGUUUCUGGAAAUUGAAAGACAUCCUUUUGAAGCUUUGGGUUCACUUCUCACCGUUCCAGGCCCCACCAAGUUUGAGGUGCAAGGCCUCGCACAACACGCAACAUACAUGAUUGGGCCUGAAGGGCCGCUUGGCCCUUUCACUUCUUCGCUAGAAGGGUCAGUCAACAUGAUCAAGUCAUACCUGACGAUGAUAGCCAGCGGCGAGAUCAGUGCCUACCAAUCGGUAGACACCUACCUCACGCAUCGUUUCCGCCUAGAUAUUGCCGACAAUCUUUGGGGGGAUGAGUCGACAGGAGGGCGAUUUUUCCUGAAGCAUCCGGAUGACAAGGGCGACCACAUUCUUGUUAAUGAAUCUUACGACAUCGUUGGAAUUAUAGACUGGGAGUGGACCCGGACUGCUUCGAAGGUGGAGGCUUUCAGCUCGCCUUGUAUGAUGUGGCCGCUGGGGAAGUUCUAUAAGGGUUCCAAUGAGUUAGCCCCAGAUGAAAAGCGGCUAGCAGAAAUCUUUCAGGAGAGGAGUCGUGAAGAUCUUUCGAACUAUGUCCUCCUUGGCAGAAAGGUUCAGAGAUUCUUCUUCGCUCUAGGUCCAGAAAGUCCUUCGAAUCGACAAUCCCUUUUAGAUCUCUUUGUAGGACUCAAAACGGCCUUCAACUUUGAAGACGAAACGUGGGAAGGGUGGGAGAAGUGGAAGAGCCAAGCCCUGCGCAAGUGGGAAAACGACGAAUUGCUUCAGGGCCUGCUUCGGCUUCAAGGGGAAAAGGAAGACCAGUAAAACGAGUCUCGAGGUUUGUGUCACUCUUAGUGCGGCCGACAGAUAAGUCGUGUUUCAAGAGGGUAGAACUCUGAGACAUAGUGUGAUAGUUCCUUCGUAAAUUGGCUGCAAUGAAACCAAAAUCGUGCGAUUGUGCCAAUAACCCUACUGCUUACUCGACGAGGUUCUUUUGUUCGUUUUUCC